AUUGCGUGUUUCGUUCGUAUUUCUCGGACUCGGGCGUGGUUUGGCGGCGAGAUGAUGUGGCCUUUCGCAUGUCGCUGAUCUCACAGAGACGUGAUUAGUGACAGUAGCUGGCAUGAUCAAAAACCUGUCACGAAGAUGGCACCAUAUCGGCAUCACGCAAGAAGGGGAUUUGGGCAAGUGUCGUUCCGGUGGUUGGGAGUGGCCGGGCCGGGGCGGGCGCAGCUGCGACUUCGGGCGAACCGGGAUACGCUGGCGACUGCUCACUCGGCUUUAACUCAUCAAACGCAGAUCCCAAGUUCCCAACACUCUUAACAUUCGCACACGCUUUUGGUUUUUGCCGUAGUCACCUCAAUUCAUACACACUUACUACGCGCAUACUGCUGCGCAAGAAUUCUACUGCUCUCUCUCUCUCUCGCAGCAUCGUUCUGCUUGGGUUGCGGCGAGGCAACCCGACGACUUCGCAUUAUGGUGGGCAUCGUGGAGCAAUUUACCGCAUUUGGGACGGACAUUGUCGGCCUGGAGCGCCUCCUGCGCUUCGUCCAGUCCGUCUUCCUGAUCCUCACCUCGUACCCGUCCCUCAUCGCCAGGUACCUGCUGCCCUCGCGCCCGGCCUCGGUGCACGUCUCCACCGAGACGUCCCUGCUGGAGCUGCAGUCGCGCCUGAACCUCACGCGCCGCGCGAUCCGCCUCUUCUGGUUCCUCGGCAGCUUCCAGGCCGGCUGGGCGCUGUACGUGGCCGAUGACGGCUACGACAACAACCGCGGCGGCGGCGGCGGCGGCGGCGGUGGUAAGUCGCUGGAAACGUGGCUCGACAUCAUCGCCUCGUCGUGCUUCGGCAUGUUCGGCCUCGUCGAGUCCGCCACGCUCGUCGACCUCGCGCGCGUGCAGGGCGUCGCGCUGCUGGGCCUCGGCGAGGCGUCGCGGCUCGACGCCCAGGCGCAGACGCUGUGGUUCGCCGCGCUGUACGCGUCGGCGCUGAGCUCGGGCGUGAAGCUGCUGCGGCUGCUCGCGCACAAGCCCGUGCCGGCGACGGGCGACGCCUUUGCCGGUGUGGACGAGCUUAUCAGUGGUGACGGCGGCGGCGACGACGACGAGAAGCGGGAGGAGGACGAGAAGGAGAAGGAGAAGACGACGACAACAGGCCGAGUGAUGACCAUGGCGGAGCAGCGUGCCCUGGCCAAGAAGCGCAAGGACGAGCGCAAGGCGUGGAUGGCCGAGGUCAACGCCAAGGCGGGCGCGCUGGCCAUGAAGCUGCUUGCCGAUAUACUCGACAUGGUGAUCCCGGCGUGGAGCCUGGGCUGGGUCGAGGUCCAUGUUGGGCUCGUUGGCGUUGCCAUGUUUUGCAGCACGGUGCUGACGAGCGCGGCUGUGUGGAGCAGGUGCGUGAAGCAGCUGCAGAAGAAGGCAUAGAUGAGAGAAGGAGAGAGAGAGA